UUCUUGGUAUGCCAUCGUGAGCGCCUGUACUACAUUGAAAUGAUUCCGGCGGAAGUUUAGUGGCGAGGCCCUGUCGACAAAAGAAAAAAAUGGCGAGUGGAGUCGGGAAACACAAGAUGCUGUCAGUUGGCCCGACGGAACCGUGGUCAUUGAGGGAGAAACUAUGCCUAGCCUCCUCUGUUAUGAGGAGCGGAGACCAAAACUGGGUGUCUGUCAGCAGAGCCAUCAAGCCUUUCUCAGAGCAAGGCCGCCCUCCAGACUGGUUUUCUCAGAAGCACUGUGCCUCUCAGUACUCUGAGCUGCUGGAGACCACAGAGGCUCCAAAGCGUAAGCGUGGGGAAAAGGGUGAGGUGGUGGAGACCAUCGAGGAUGUAAUCGUUCGAAGACUUACUGCCGAGAGGAUAGAGGAGCUGAAGAAACUACUGAGAGACACACAGGACAAAUACAGGAAGCUGAAGAAGGAGGUGGAUCUGAUCCAGACCGGACAUCUGGACUCCCGGCUGGAGGAUCUGUGGACAGAAGUAUCACAGAAAAAGAAGCAGGAUGAGGAUGAGGCAGAUCUUAAGAGGAAGGCCACAGAUACAGCCUAUCAGGCUCGCCAAGCGGUUAAGAACACACCCAAGCGGGUGCCCAGUGUCACUGUACGCUCCCCUCUGGGUGCCAGUCCCACGAGCAUGGAGGCACAGACAGAUACCCCCACACCCCCAACAGACACAGCCAUGCCCCAGGCAGAGGAGACCUCUGGCACUACUGUGGCCCAGGGGGUGGCUGUGUUUCUACCAUCGUCGGAUGCUCCAAUGGUGCUGCCUAAGGAGGGAAGCCUUGGGUCUCUGGUAGAUGACUCCUCACAGAAAAGGCUCCUUAGUCAGAAGUCCACGCCACCUCCCUCCCCUCUCCUCUCAGAGCUGCUGAAAAAAGGAAGCCUGAUUUCUGCUAGCCCCAGACUGGUGGUGGAGGGGGAUGUUGCUGCUGCAGGACUGGCUAAUGGAGGAGUUCCCACUACAACCCUUGAUAUCCCAGCAGGCUUUGAGGUCGCCUGCUCCGUCGUAGAGGCGGUAGUGAAAGCAGAGCUGGGUGAGGAGUUGGAGUUAGUGAAGGAGGCGGGGCUAGUGGAGGAGGACCUGGUAGCUGUUUCCUACAUGGGGGAUGAGCUGGACCUGGAGACAGUCGGAGACAUCAUCGCCAUCAUAGAGGAGAAGGUGGAUGACUCUGUGGAGGCUCUAGAUGCUGCAGCAGUGGAGGCUGCUCUCUCUCUCUGUGAGGAGGCUGUUUCUGCCGGCCACUCCCUCUCAGGCCCCUGGGAGGCCCAUGACUUGAAGUCCUCAGAGCCUGGGCCCACGGUUCAGUCUGACCCCACACAGGGGCUUCAGGGUGGAGCGGGAGCUAACCCUGGGGUCCUGGAGCCAGAUACAGAGAGUGGAAGGGGGGAAGCCAAGGAGGGAUUAGAAACAGUGGGGACAGACGUUGCUCCUUCUGUUGCCGCUGACGACAGCCUGGCAGGAAGUGAGGUCACAGAGGAAGGAGUUCUCACGGUGGAAGGAAGCCUGAGCACAGCUGUGAAGACUGAGAAUGAGGAGUGGACCCAGCCAGAACCAAACACACCCUGCCUAGACUCAGAAGACAGUUCUGGAUCAGGGAAAGAGUCCAAGGAAGUGAAGGAUGAGGAUGGAGGGAGCGACGGGGAUCCUGAUGAAGAGGUGGAGAUGAAAGAGGAGUGUGGAGAGGGGGAGGGGCCCUACCUAUCAGAAGUAGAACCGGCAGCCAGUGAGAGUGAGGAUGGCUAUGGCCCCUCCUCCCAACGCUACACCACAGCUGAUUCGCUAGCCAGCAGCCCCGCCUCUUCUCAGUUCUCGAUAUGUGGGGAGGAUCAGGAGGCCGUUCAGGCUCAGAAGAUCUGGAAGAAAGCCAUCAUGCUGGUGUGGAGAGCAGCAGCCAAUCACAGGUAUGCCAGUGUGUUCCUCCAGUCUGUGUCUGAUGACAUCGCCCCUGGUUACCACAGCAUUGUACACAGACCCAUGGAUCUGUCGGCCAUCAAGAAGAGUAUCGAGGCAGGUCAGAUCCGUACGACUGCGGAGUUCCAGCGUGACAUCAUGCUGAUGUUCCAGAACGCGGUGAUGUACAACAGCUCUGACCACGAUGUGUUCCACAUGGCCCUGGAGAUGCAGAGGGAUGUUCUAGAACACGUGCAGCAGUUUCUGGCCACUCAGCUCAUCAUGCAGACCUCAGAGUCCUCUAUCUCCACCAAGAGCCUCAGAGGCCGCGAGGGGGGCCGCAAACCGGGGGAGCCAGUGGAGAAGGACGGGGGCACCAGAGGGCGCCGCUGUGCAAUUGAAGCAGACAUGAAGAUGAAGAAAUAACCGGAGUCAAACGGCAGUAGGGUGCCAAUGAGACUUGAUGUAGGGAUUGGACGAUUUAAACCAGAGAAUGUUUGAUGGAGUUACAGUUAUGUGAAGUUAGUUGUUUGAGUUUAAUCAGAGUUUUCGGGUCACGGUAUGGCUGCAGUCCUGUGUACAGUUUAACUAACUUAAGUCUAUGAUUUGCAUUUGAAGCCAGUACACUAUAGAUUGACAGUUGCCACAAGUAACCAGCAGACACUGCAGCCCUGGAGUACUGAAUCAGUUUUACUACUACAGUGACUGACUUGGGGCCCCAUUGUGUUUUAGGAUGUAGCCAACUGUAAAAUAUCCUGCAAGGAAUUAUGAGUCUACUGUAUGUUAGUGGGAGUACAAAAAAGUAGUACCGGAGUGUUGAACUUUAUGUACAGUUUUAUUUUUUUCCCCAUUUGUAUGUUUUGUUGUUCAACUGUUUAUUAAAAGUAAGAGAAUUGCAAACAA